AUGAGCGGGCCUUGCAUUGUCGUUGGCACCGCUGGGCUUUCCAUAUCAACUCCAGGAGUCACUGCCGCCGUAUCAACCGUGGCACAAUGCUUACAAAGUCCUCCUGCCGCCUCUGGUUCUCUUGAAGGCCCCGGGAUGGAAAUGUCGACCGGCUCUUCACUCAAUUAUACCAGUCCCUUAUCUGGCUACCCGCCAAAAACAACCUCUUCUCUGUAUGAUCCAACCGCAGCUGUCCCGAGCAUGGAAGUCACCUCAAAGAGCACCAGCAGCUCUUUUGACAUGGCUACUAGUUUGGCGGAUGCUCUGAGAGGCUCACAGGCACAAAUCACUGCGUUGGCUUCGAAUCAAACCGUAGCGAUCAGCAGUUCCCCGAGAACAACAACGACUACAGAGAUUGCAACAGUCUUCGCGGAUGUCCCCGAGUCGCCGUCAUCGACGAGUAGCUCUGGCGACAUGCCGGGGUGGUCAGGCCCAAUAACAGGUUGGGAUGGCGCAACCACAUUUUUGACAGAAACCACAUCGGCAUCGACUGCGUCCAACAGUGUCAGCGUAGCCCUGAGUGGUGGCCGCCUAGGACCGGGAUAUCCGCCUCCGGGUCACAAUCUGCAACGGCGGCCCCAAUAA